AUGGCGGCCUUAGGAAGGUUACGGGGUGCUAUAUUCCAACCACUGAUGAUACAAGUGCGGCAUCGGAAAAGCAUUGAUGUGCGGAAGCCUCCCCCUGGGCCUCUUCUUUGGCGUAUGUUACAGGAAAUAUCAGCUCCUAUUGAAAUGAAAACUAUCACACCAAUGGGUGAACAUUGUCAAACGAUGAGGCAGCAAAGAUCCUCAUUAACUGUUCUGAAUCAGUAUGAAGAAUUUGUAUUGAAGUACACUCAAGAAGUGCUGAAGAAUUGUCGUAUGUUGAUGGUCUACCAGCAUCUACCAAUGACGGCAAAUGAGAAAAAAAGCAUUAAAGUUAAAUUGGCAGAAAAUGAUUUUCACCUUUUAACUACACAGAACAAAAUUAUGAAAAUAGCUAUCGCUGACACGCGAAUGGCCAAUUUAGACCCGUUGCUGGGAUAUUGCAUUAAAAAAUGUUUGUAUUGUCUUUCUUUUUCCUUUUUUCUCUCGUAUUUUUCUUUUAUAUUUUUCUUUUGUCUUUUGUCUUGUUCUCUAUUGUCUUUUUUUCUCCUUUUUUCAAUUGUCUUUCUUUUUUUCUUUUGUUUAUCUUUUUCUCUUGUCUAUCUUUUUCUCUUUUCUAUUCUUUUUCUUUUUUUUUCUAUUGUCAUUUUCUCUUUUUACUGUUGUCUUUCUUUCUCUCUUUUUUCUCCCUUUGUUUACCCUUUUUCUUUUUUCUUUCUGUUUGUCUUUCUUUCCAUGUUUUCUUUCUUUGAUUUCUCUUUCUUUCUUGUUUUCAUUUUUCUUUUUCUCUCUUUUUUCUUUCUUUCUCCUUUUUUCUUUCUUUCUCCUUUUUUCUUUCUUUUUCUCUUUUUCUUUUUCCUUUCUUUCUUUCAAUGA